GACUGGAUGUUAAGUAGUUUUUCAUUUAAAAAAUAAAGUAUGACAGGAAGUCUGCGACGUCGCAAACCGAGAUACGUGGUUUGGUAGUUUCACCGUCGAUAUGUUCCUUCCCACUGUUCUAAUUUGUUCUCCCGGUGACGCUAAUGUAACUCAGUCCGUUUAAUGUUUUCUCUCGGAAAAAAUACGUUUAUUUUGUGUGGCGAUAUUUAAACUUGAAGUGCGUAGUCACCUUAGCACUUUAAAAUCGGAUUGUGCCGUCUUUGUGGCCCGUUUUCCGAUGUUUUAUCUCGAGUGGAAGUUUAAUGUUUAUCUGCAGAAUGACUCUCUCCGUCAGUAUUAUCAAAGUAUCGUCUCUGAAAACAGUAGUUUUAUUUGUGAAAAUGUAUUUUUGCAACAACAGCAGUGAUUAUUCUGUCUGAAAUAUUGCGUUUUAGACUAUCUAGCCGAAUUUAAAAUGAGAGAGAUAGCUGGAAAUGCUUCAAAAAUGAAAAAAGGGAGAGAAACUAGUGCACAAUGAGAUACUUAUAUGGAAACCUAACGUUCGUAGUGAUAUCUGUGGUCUUUUUCACGGUAUACUUCACUCGAUUUCUAGAUGAGCGCACAUCAAGCAGUUCUGGAGCAGAUCCUGGCAAACAGAGAAAACGGAUCUUGGAUCAGCAUGAUUUCCCUACAUCUAACAUAGGUUCGGAGGCGGGUCAAGAAAUAAGAACGAAAGAGCGCAAAGAUAUAUUCUUCCUUAAAACUCACAAAUGUGGAAGCAGCACAGUCCAAAAUAUUCUGAUGAGAUAUGGAUUAAACGAGGGACUGGAUUUUGUUUUACCGGAGAGAGGCAAUUAUCUCGGGAGCCCUACGUUUUUCAUUCCAACUAUGAUCGGGAAAUCAAUAAGGACACCAAAUAGAGUCUAUAAUAUUUUCACGCAUCACAAUAGAUUCAACCACACAUCCACCAUGAAAGUUAUGAGCCGAAAUUCUGUUUACGUCACAAUCCUUCGCAAACCAGCCGAACUGUACGAAUCAUUGUACAAUUAUUAUAAUUUUGAAAAAAGGUAUCAUAUGAAUUUAACAACUUUUUUGGAGAACUAUUCUACCGUUGAGAGGUUUAAGAGAGGCGGCUCUAAGUUCGGGUAUAAUCAAAUGUGUUUUGAUUUGGGAUUGAAUGAAAAACAGUUCGACAGUAACGGAAAAAUAAAACAGUGGAUUCAUGAAAUUGACAGAACUUUUGAUGUAGUACUGAUGACAGAGUACAUGGAAGAAUCACUUAUCUUGCUGGCGGACUUGAUGAAAUGGCCGUUGAAACGUGUUGUUUUUUUGAAACUCAACGAGAGAAAGUCAACGAACAAAUUAUCGCUCUCGGCGGCUCAAAGGAAAAUUUUAAGAAAACUAAACAAAUGCGAUACCAAACUGCAUGAUUAUUUUUUUAAAAAAUUUAAACAACAAAUUCGAUCGUUUGGUGUUGAGAGAAUGAAUACCAAACUACGCGAAUUUGUUCGUCUGAAUGAUGAAUUCAGUAGAGAAUGCGAUGUGAAAGUAGCUGAGAGCAAAUUAUCAACUGUAAGAUACCAAACGAUGAACACUCUUAACUCGGAAUGCGUUCAUGCGGUAACAAGUGAGCUAAUAUUCACAAGUCUUUUACGAAACAUCCAACGGCAGCGAGUCACAAAGUUGCGUUCACUGAAAAAUCUCAUGAAAAAUACUAAUGUUAAGGCAGCGUAACAACUUUGAAAAGUGAUGAGAAUCUCUUGAAAAAUGCUCACAAGCCGCGAGUAUGGUAUAGACCCACAGGAUGACUAUUAUUAAAAACUCCUUAACAGUAAUUGGAUUGCAUUUUGCAAAAAGGAACCACUAGCAUUGCAGUGAUGCUAAGAUUG